CCCCUGAAGCAACACGGACAUUCAAUUCCACUCGCUCGGCGGCGGAGUUCGUCGCCCGCCGUCUGUCUGUCGCUGCGUCGCCCCUGCUGCGGACCUGCCCGAUCUGCCGUGCGUGUGGAGAUGGCUCACUUGACCCGGGUGGAGAGGACUCUCGUCUUCCUCGUCGUGGUCCGGCGGUCGGGCGGGGCAGGUAAAUGCAGCGAGGGUUCCAGUUCGGAGUUGCCGAGGAGCGAGCGAAACAUCACAAUUGAUUGUAGUUUUCGAUGGUGGCACCAAAUAAACUUCAUACUUUAGGAUUUUGCUGUACUUUUGUCUCGUGGAUGUUGGGCAUUAGCUCCAUUUUCUUCCAAACUGAAUAGGUGCUACUGUAGCUAUGCAUUCAGAUGACAGGCUCCUUAAAAAAAAUCCGGCGUCUCCUUUAUUUCCAUAUGUUUGGAGACGUGUGUAUCAUCAUAGUGGAGGUUCCUUUCCAGAGGUGAUAUGUAUGCAUUUUUCGGGCGCGUUGCAUGGUUUUUACAUACAUAUAUCAAUAUAACAUCAUUGUAGUUCAGCCUCUUCGGUGGUAAGGACUAGACUUUUCUCAACAACAAAAUUUGUACUCCCUCUGUCCGGAAUUACUUGUCGCUGAUUUAGUGCAACGUCGUACAAAAUCAACGACAAGUAAUUCUGGACGGAGGGAGUAAUAAAAUGUAUUGCUGACCUUCAACUUAUCCAGCCUUCAGAACAUCACCCUUCAGAAAAAUUAGGGAAAAACUAUUGCUCCAAGCUAAAUACAUAAUAGAGCAUCACAACGUAACUGCCUAACCUAGUUUCUCCCAGUAAUUCACUGAAUGAACAAAUUGCAAGCAAAUAAGGGGACAUAUUCCUUUUUCUGCUGCAGACAUCAUUUCCAAGUAGUAUAUUGCAAUUAGGAGACUUGUUUCAUAUUUUGAAUGCCGAAGAUUUCUAGCACAGGAUGAUGUGUCAUGAAACCAGUGAUAUUAUAAUCUGCAGUGGGUUUUUAUUCCAAAUGCAGUUUUAUAUCAAUUAGUAGCAGAAAAUUGCUAAACUGCACCAAAAAAUCAUUAGGAACUUCUCAACCAAAUGAGUAAAAACUGAUUUUGUCAAAAAAAAAAAAACUAAGAAUCCAUUGACAUAUCCGGAUGUUGAAAGAAGGUACUGUUCCAUGGUUUGGUGUCGAUGCUUGAGUCCGCAAGCUCUGAAAAGGUAAAUAGUUUGUUAGCGAUUAAUAGAUGAUAGAUUAGUUUGACUUCUCUUUUAAGGAAAAAAAUAUAGCCAGUGGACAUAUAGCAUGCAUUUUGAAGGUUUUGGUUCCACUUAGAUUAUUUUACAUAUAAACCAAUCAUCCUUGGAAUGGAGUCUAACACUUCUCCCAAACCAAAUCUUUGUCUACUUUCUAUCAUCAAGGAGAUCAAAUCAUAAUCAAUUUUGUGCUUAAAAGUUUUGUCUAUUACAUUCAGAUCUGCAGGUUGUCAAGAUGUAAUUUGUCCCUUGUGUGUAUAUACCAUUGAUUGUGCAAAACAUCCUUUCUUGCAUUAUAUAUAUAUGCCCAAUAUAUUGUCAAACAAUAUUAUAAACGUAUUGCUGGUCCAGUUGUCAAAGAAGGCUAGGCUGAGAUUUUAAGAUAGCAAUGUGUAAGUUUGUUAAGGCCUUCAAGACAAGGUCCAACUCAAGUUUUCUCUUGCAUCUACGACAAAGAACAGUUCUUUCUUGUCUGCAAUUUCUGAUCCUAAUAGCAACAUCAAUACCUUAUGAUUGGAUUCUAGCAAGACUAGUGUGCUGGGGUAUUUGAGUUCAUGUGCAUAUGGGCCACAUGAUUGGUGUAGAAAACUAGAAAUAGUAAAAAAUUCUUCUGCAUACAUCAUGAUGAUUGCAGAAUCUCUUGGCUGACUGCCUGACUGGUGUCAAAUUGGAAGAUUCAGUCCCAAUACAAUACUGUCUGCAGGAGUGAUUCACAGACUCAUCCUUGGAGUUGUAAGUUUGAAGGUGUGCUUUCCACAUGUCCAGGUAAAACUUGCACAAGUCAUGGCAAUUUUUAUUGGAUACUUCAGAGUUCAGAUAUAAAUAAAAACAACAAAAAAGCAACGCUUUCCCAGUCUCUUGUACAACUGUAGCUUCUCUAGAAUUGUUGACAUCUUGGAAUCACAUAAUUGUACUCAUUACCCAGCAAAGUGGUUCCUUACAACUUUAUUAAAAAGAGGUUCCUCACAAGUUGUCUAGAGACUACACUCCAGAUUGUGACAUCAUGGGCUACUUCCUGCUGUACUUAUCUGUGAAGUAUCUAGAUCACUUCAGCUGGAAGAUGAUUGCAGUUCAGAUUUUGAGAUCAGUACAUCACCAUACCAACCAUCUUGUGAGGUUGCAGAGGCCCAUAUCCACUACACUUCGGACUUGCUAGGCCCAGAUCAUGGGCUACAAAUUAGAAGAUGCCAAGAGGUUUUUCAGCCUUGUUUUCGUCAUAAACAAAGCCAGUUCUCUUCUACUUUAGGAAUUGCAGGAGCACCUUGCCCUCUUGAUCAGGUUCAUAAAAAUAAUUACCUUGACAGGCCAUAGUAUUUGUAUGAUGAAUUCAAUGAGCAUUUCAUUUUCGCCAAACCUUGUCAAAGGGCAGGGUGUUCCUAAAAUUCAUAAAUCGGAAGAGAAUUAGCCUGAUUUAUAAGUGAAACAAGGCCAGAAAACCUUAGUAGUCCCUACUUCCACAAAUAAGUGUACUUCUAGGUUUUGUCUUAAGUCAAAAAUAUUAAAGUUUGACCGACUUUAUUGAAAAACAUAGCAAUAUUUAUGACACUAGAUUAGUAUCAUUAGAUCCGUUUUGAAAUGUAGUUUCAUAAUAUACCGACUUGAUGUCAUAUGUGUUGCUAUUCUUUUCAACAAAGUUGGUCAAACCUAAAAAUGCUUGACUUAGGACAAAACCUAGAAGUACGCUUAUUUGUGGACGGAGGGAGUAGCUUGUUAAUUAGGGGAAAAUCAGGCGAAAUACUGUUUUCGGUGGGUUUUUAUUGCAUUCGUUUUAUUAUUGCAAGUCUGGUUUCAGUGGUAAGCUUAUAAUUUUCUAAGGAUAGAUGAUAGAUUAGAUAACUUCUCAAGCAAUUUUGACCAAGCAUAUUCAAUAUUAAUUAUGCUCAGCGCCAUUAUUGAGCAAAUCAAUGAUAAAUAAUUAUUUGGCUGUCAACCAUUCCUUUUCUUCAAAGGACAAAAAAAUAGUAUUGCCUUAAGAAAUGACAACGUAUUGUAGCUUCCCAAUGUAUGGGAGAAAUUCGAAUGAAAUGGUAACUCGGAAUGCUAUUAUUUUGUGUGCUUGCCUGAGAAACUUGUCUUAUUGACGCCUACACUAGCUAUUUCUUACAUUAGCAUUGUGUGGUCCACCUUAUGAAAGUUAAAACUUUCAAAUGUCAAACUUAUAUAUUUGUGGAACUCUGUUGAAAUAUCUCAGUUAGAAGUCCUCGUGUUUGAAUGUUUUGGAACCAAAUUGAAAGUUUUGGAUGUUCCUAAUUUUCAAGUUUGGUUCCGUUUGGAAGUUUUGAAUUUAGAAGGUUCCUAAUGCUGGUUUAAAGUUCUUUUUUGAGUUGAGCAUUUUAAUUGUAGUUUGCAAACAUUGAACAAAUGAUUGGAUGCUACAAGCCCAUGCAGCAAGUUUACUAAUUCUCGGGUAGCUUGGAUUAGCAUCACUCGUAGUAAAAGUCCCUAUAUUGGUGUGUUUACAUUUCCAACUUCUUUUAUUAAGAAAACCCAUAUGGGUAAAUGACAUCUGUAUGCUCACCUAAUAUGCUACUCCCUCCGUUCCAUCUUAGUUGGCACGGAUUUAGUACAAGUUGUACUAAAUUUGUGCCAAUUAAUAUGGAACGGAGGGAGUAAUACAUUAAACUCAAGGAACAGUCAAAUCUAGAACUUGGGAAAUUCUCUUUGCAAGCAACAAAAACAUUCUGUGCAUAAUAGUUAUAGACUCGCAUAGCUAAUUCUGCAGGACAGUUUCGUUCCAUUUUUAAUUAGAUUGCACACCUUCAAUAUAAAGAGAAAAUAUUUUCUUAAUAGAAUAGUAGGGAUAUGAUAAAGUAUUGUUGAAGCGACAAGCAUUAGGUAGUAAUCCAAAUCUUUUAUAUGUUACUUAAUCAUCUUGGGUACUGUGAUAGUAUUUCUUUGGUCAAACCUGAUGAUUUGCCUAUGGCUACUAUAUAUAUGGUACAUCUAUUUGCUUCCUCUUUGCCCUCAUCACUCCAAGACCCCUCCCCCUCUUAUUGGUAUGGAGCUUGAGCUUAGUCUAGGAGAUUCUCCAGCUCCUGUGAAUGCCACAAUCACUCCUGCACAAGCGCCUACACGCACGGGCAAAGUAGAAGACCAUAAACUUGUGCUAGGACUCAGGGUAACGGCUAAUGAAAGAGUUGAAGAAGAUAACCAAAGGACAAGCACACCGCGAGCAGAAACUGUGUAUGGAGAAGAUGAUGAAGCAUGCCAUCAGACUGCGUCGCCUAUGGAGGCGAGCCUCAGCUGCCUGCUGCCCCUAGUCUGUGCACAAACAGGGAGUGCAGAUUCUGAGGUGUGCAGAAGAGGGCUUGAUGUGAACACUGUUCCGGUGGAUGAUGGAGCAUCGACACCGCAGUCUUUGUUGCCAUCGUCCAUGGAGGUGGAGGUUGCUGUGAGACAGGCAGUUGAUCAGGAAGCUUCAGAGGACGAGGACAAUGGAGGUGGCAGGGUGAGGAAGAAGCUGCGGCUGUCCAAGGAACAGUCUGCGUCUCUAGAGGAUAGCUUCAAAGAGCACAGCACCCUAACCCUGGAACAAAAGAGCAAUUUAGCUAACCGGCUGAGCCUUCGACCACGCCAAGUUGAGGUCUGGUUCCAAAACAGAAGAGCUAGGACGAAGAUGAAGCAAACCGAGGUGGACUGCGAAUACCUGAAGCGUUGCUGUGAAACACUGACAAGGGAGAACCGAAGGCUCCAACGGGAGGUCGCAGAGCUGCGCACCUUCCGUCCCACUCCCACAUAUCCGUUCUACCACCACCACCACCACCUGUCUGGGGUGAGCACUGCACUCCCAGCGUGUCACUCGUGUGAUAAUAAUAACAAGGCCACAAUCUAUUAUGCUCCUCCUGUCGUCGCCACCCCAGCCUCCAUCACCACCGUGUCAUCUCCAGGACAGCGUUCGCCGCCAUCAUCGACAGCGUCCAGCUUGUUUGCCAGGCCUCACUUUGCCCCCUUCACCAUCCACCCGGUGCUCCGCCGCCAGCCAUCAGCGAGUUAAUCGGUACUGUGGCCGGCUAGCUUGCUAGGUAGCUAGCGCAAGUUCUGUAAAUAUAUACUGGUUUCUUGUUUUUGUUCAUCAAUGAUCGAUGUUCAUAGAAGAAAUUAAAACCAAUACCUUCUGAAGUGUAUCAAGUUUGGAAGAACGAGCUAGCUAGAUCUAUAUACUCAACCCAACGAAACUGUGGUGUACUGGUGAUCUUGCAUCCAAACAACCUGAUCGAUGUCGUUUGUAUUACCCAGAUCUCUAGCUAGCUAUAUUAGAUGUAGAAUUUGUGGUUGCGUGGCUGACUUUGGAGAGUUUUCCUUUGUACAACAUAUAUGAAUAAUGUGGUUUUUGUGGGCAGGCAUGUCAAAGAGGUUCCCUUUCCAUU